UGAUGGAUUGCAUAUUCAUUCUCUGAGUGAACUGUGUGCAGGCCUUUGUCACAAAGGCCUAAAGAAGAUGGCAACUCCCUAUGUCCCAGUUCCUAUGCCCAUAGGAAAUUCUGCUUCCAGCUUUACAACCAACAGAAACCAAAGAAGUUCUUCUUUUGGGAGUGUCUCAACAAGCUCAAACUCUUCCAAAGGCCAGUUAGAAGACUCAAAUAUGGGUAAUUAUAAACAGACCAGUGUGCCUGAUCAAGUGGAUAGCAUUCCAUCUGUUUGUAGCAGUCCUCUCAUUAGGACUAAAUUUACAGGUACAGAGUCUUCUAUUGAGUACUCUGCUAGACCAAGAGAAAGUGAAGAACAAAAUCCUGAAGGCGUCAGCUGGGAAGAUAGACCAUCUACACCUACUAUCUUGGGUUAUGAGGUGAUGGAAGAAAGAGCUAAAUUUACUGUUUACAAAAUACUAGUAAAGAAAACCCCAGAAGAAAGCUGGGUAGUUUUUAGAAGAUACACUGACUUCUCUAGACUUAAUGACAAAUUAAAAGAGAUGUUUCCAGGCUUUCGAUUAGCACUUCCACCAAAACGCUGGUUUAAAGAUAAUUAUAAUGCCGACUUCUUAGAAAAUAGACAAUUAGGAUUGCAAGCAUUUCUUCAAAAUUUAGUAGCACACAAGGACAUUGCUAACUGCCUUGCAGUGAGAGAAUUUCUUUGUCUGGAUGAUCCACCAGGUCCAUUUGAUAGCCUAGAAGAAAGUAGAGCCUUCUGUGAAACUUUAGAAGAAACAAACUACCGCUUGCAGAAAGAACUACUUGAAAAGCAAAAAGAGGUGGAAUCACUGAAGAAACUGCUACAUGAGAAGCAACUUCACAUAGAUACUAUAGAGAACAGAAUCCGAAACUUGUCUAUAGAACUUGAAGAAUCUUUGUACAUGUCAGGAACAGAAGGUGGACAAAUCCUAACGGUGCAGUCCUGUGCUUUGGCGUCAGAGCAAGGUAUCUUGGAUGAAGAAUCUAGAGCUAAUAAUAUGCCUUGCUUAAGUCAUAGUGAACUUGAAAAUCCUGUAUCAGAGAUAGAAGUAGCCGAAGUAGCAUACUAUGCUGAAGAAGACUAA